UUUGUAAAAAAUUAAAUGUGAACAAUUAAUACGGGAUGGGGAGUAAUUGUUUUAUACUCUAAUUAAGGAAAUAAACACAAAAUCUUUGACUGUUUUAGGUUUUUUUUAAUGUCCAUCAAUCAUGCAUGUGAUUACUAUCAGCUCUUUUUUUUUCCUAGUUCCAGCUGUUUAAAAAUGCAAGUCGCAUGAUUUCAUCAAAACUGUAUUUUAAAAACAAACAAAUCCCAGCAACAAUCCCAAAAUAAAUAAAUAAAAAUGGAAUCUAAAGCAAUUCCAGCCAGUGGAUGGAAUGGGUGGCAUUAUUGAAAUAAAGUGAGGCAUGAAGGGUAAACAUUCUGACAAGUUCAUAUUCUCUGUCCCCUUGCUUUAGUUAGCUCUCCAAAGUCCAACCUGAAACUUUAGCUUUUGUAUUUUCUUGUUCAUGUUUUGUUUUGUUUUGUUUUUUUUUAUUUUUAUUUUCCCACUCUCUUUCAUCUGCCUUUUGACCGUUGCUUUCUCAACGUCUCUCUCUCCCUCUCUGAUCAAAGCCCAAGCAAGCAACUCCAUCUUUCUUCCUUGCCUGGGAAAAAUCCAUAUGAAUCUGGUUAGAAAUACUCAGGAACACCCUUUUGAUUUCUGCUUUGGUUCAAGUCUGAAAAAUCAGCUGCGUAUAUAAUAUAUUGGUAAAGAAGGAAGUGGAUCAUGGGAUGUUCUACAUCAAAACUGGAUGAUGAAGAGGCAGUUCAGCUUUGUAAAGAUCGGAAAAUUUUCAUUAAGCAGGCAGUAGAGCAAAGGACCAGAUUUGCCUCGGGGCAUAUAGCCUAUAUUCAAUCCUUAAAAAGAGUUUCUGCAGCUCUUCGAGACUAUAUUGAAGGUGAUGAGCCCCGCGAGUUCUUAUUUGAUUCAUUUGUAACCCCACCUUUCACACCUCUCAAGAAAGCAAGUCCUGGUUUCAUAUCUAUUUCUCCCACAUCCUUCUCACCAGCGGCAAUUCAACCUAAUGGCAAGUCCACAUUGAAAGUAAAUUACCUGAGAUCAGGUGGUAACCCUGCAGUUGCAGUUGAGGAGAGACCUCAAUCACCAGAAACUGUCCGAAUUGAAACUUACUCCCCGGUACACCAUUUUAGCAUUGCUGGUAUUUAUGCAAUGCAAUCCUCACCAAUGAAUUCUUCAUUCUUUUCUUAUUCUCCCAACAAUAGACCCAAUAUACCUCCCCCUUCACCUCAAACAUCACAAUGGGACUUUUUCUGGAAUCCAUUUUCAUCAUUAGACCACUAUGGCUAUCCCAACCGAAGCAGUCUUGAUCAGGCAGUCGUGGAUGAUGAUAUCAGAGGACUAAGGCAGGUCAGGGAGGAGGAAGGAAUUCCUGAUUUAGAAGAAGAUGAAACUGAACAAGAAGAAUCUGAGAGUAAGGUGAAUUUGGCAGAAGGAAAAGCUAAAAUACAUACAAACCAUACUAGAGAAGAAGUUACUGUUGAAGAUGUUAAUGAGGAUGAAGAGGAUGAGGAGGAAAUGGAUGGUGGAACUGAAACUGCAACUGAGCAUGAAGUAAAAGAUUUACAAUCACAAGGGAAAGUGAGCAUAGAAGCAGUACGAGCACAAACUGCAGGACAAGUUGAAGUCAGUAACAAAGAAAUGGCACUUGGUGGUAAUGAAGCUAAAGAAGAAACACCAGGUUUUACUGUUUAUGUAAAUCGAAGGCCAACAAGCAUGGCAGAAGUUAUCAAUGAUCUUGAGGUUCAAUUCAUGGUAGUUUGCAAUGCAGCGAACGAAGUCUCAGCAAUGUUGGAGGCUAGUAAAGCUCAGUACUCACCAACCUCAAAUGAGCUUACAGCCAUGAAAAUGUUGAAUCCGGUGGCUUUAUUGCGCUCUGCUUCAUCACGCUCAUCCUCAUCAAGAUUCUUAAUCAAUUCUUCAAGUUCCAGAGAGGCAGGUUAUGAAAGCAGCAGCGACUUCUCAGAAGAAUCCUGCAUGUUUCAUGGCAGCCACCAAUCAACAUUGGAUAGAUUGUAUGCCUGGGAGAAGAAACUUUAUGAGGAAGUCAAGUCUGGAGAAAAGGUUCGAAUUGCCUGUGAGAAGAAAAGCAGGCAGCUCAGAAACCAAGAUGUGAAGGGAGAUGACGCGUAUGCAGUAGAUAAAACAAGGGCAGCUAUUAGAGAUCUGCACACCCAGAUAAAGGUCUCAAUACAUUCAGUUGAAGCUAUCUCAAAGAGAAUCGAAACUCUAAGGGAUGAGGAGUUGCAGCCUCAACUUCUGGAAUUGUUACAAGGGUUAGCCAGGAUGUGGAAAGUGAUGGCAGAGUGUCACCAGGCACAAAAGCGGACCUUAGAUGAAGCUAAGCUUUUACUAGCAGGUGCACCUUCAAAGCUAGAAGCAAAAAGGCAGUCUUCCAUCUCAGCUGCUGAACCUCACCGUUUAGCCCGAGCAGCUGCAAAUCUUGAAACUGAGCUGAGGAAUUGGAGAGCUUGUUUUGAGUCAUGGAUUGCUUCUCAGCGAUCCUAUUUGCGUGCUCUAAGCGGUUGGCUCCUCCGCUGCUUGAGGUCAGACCCUGAUACAUCCGAGCUGUCCUUUUCUCCUCGUCAAUCCAAUGGGACACUUGCAAUAUUUGGACUUUGCAUCCAAUGGUCAAGGUUCCUUGAUGCUAUUCGUGAAAUGCCAGUCCUCGAUGGGCUAGAUUUUUUUGCAGCUGGAAUGGGGUCGCUCUAUACACAGCAGUUAAGAGAUGAUUCUCGCUUUGUCCCAGUGGGGUCUAAGAGGUAUGGAGCUGGUUUAUCUGAGGAGUAUGGGGAAAGUAUGGACUUGGUAAGGGUUCAUGAAGUGGAAGAGGUUAUGACGGCAGAGAAACUGGCUGAUGUUGCCAUAAGGGUACUUUGUGCUGGAAUGUCCGUUGCUAUAAGUUCACUGAGUGAGUUUGCCAUUGGUUCAGCAGAUGGCUAUGCAGAACUCGUUAACCAAUGGGCAAGUGCCAAAUUGCCACAAAAUUUAAGUGUUACUGGGAUGUAAUUUAAUUUUGUUAUAGGUAGUCUGGUUAUGAGUCUGUAAUUACAAAUGUUGUCACAAGGUUGCGAGGUUAGACAUAAAUCUUCUACAAUUUUAGCUAUAUUUGGUUGCUAACAUGACCAAGCAAGAGAAGGGAAGAUGCUACUUUCAAAAAAUGUUAAAGGAUUUUUAAUUUCAGAGCAACCAAACAGAAAUGCAAGCAGAGGCAGUUAGUAGACAACUACUAGUUCCUGUGAAUCAAUCAAGAAAUGACCUAAUUUCAUUAACCUGUUUAUGUAAGGAUUUGGAAGUAGAUUGUGCUAGAGAAAAAGGAAUGUAAAUGCACUAAGUAUGGCUAACAAAUAUGCCUUGCAAUAUUUUGUACAAACUAGUCAAAUUGGUUGGAUUCAAAUUCAUUCUUUUGCAAGUAGCAAUUUCAUAAAAACAGACUUUUGCAUUCACAUUGGAUUAAGGUAUUACAAAUUCAACCUCAACAGAUUACUAGCCUUGUCAGUAACAACGGGAAAAUGGUUGUAAUGAGGGCCCAAGUUUUUAGGUUAAUGAGAGUGAGCAAAGCCUUCAUCACCAUCAUCAAGCUCCAAGUCACCAGAAACAUAUUCCCCAUCACAGUGAGAAAAAGUAGAACUGCGAGUAGCUGGGAUGCUAAAAAAUAUUUUGCUCUCCUCUGUUUUCUCCCUCUUAGGCUUGGAACCUAGUAGGGGACAAAAGGAAGGAAACCAUGUCUACUAGAGCUCAAAUUUGUCUGCUAAAAUGAGUUAGUU